AUGUCUGUCGUGGGUGAUCGCGUGCAAAUUCAUGGCAAAGGCGGCCCACAAGCAAGCAAGGAGGUGUUGCUUGGCACCGUCCGGUUCGUGGGCGAUCUCGAAGCUGCUUUUGCCCCUGGCGAAUGGCUCGGCGUGGAGCUGGACCAGAAGGUCGGCAAGCACAACGGCAGCGUGAAGGGCAGGACGUACUUCAAAUGUGACCCAGGGCAUGGGCUCUUUGUGCGCCCAGACUCCGUGAGCAAAGUCUCGGUGCCCAGAGCCCCAACUGCGCAGGAGCUGCAGGCGCAUCUUCAGUUGACCUCCGAAGUGGGCACGAUGCGUGGCGAGCCGGCGGAUUUGACGAGAUCUCUAGAGGCCCUGCAGGCGCGGCUUUUGGAGCAAAUUGAGAAGAAGGUUGAGCUCUUGGGCGAGCAGCUGGAAGCACGCAUGACGAAACUUGUGAACUCCACCGUUCAGAAAGUGGCUGCCGGCACCGCCAAGCGAGCUUCCCAUGCGCUGGAGGAGCAGGACAUCGGCUCCAAGGGUGCCACACAGGCUCCGAAGGCGGACCAUGCACCGAAGUUGUCCCUCCGUGAGAAGUUCGGCCUCGCGGACUCCAAGUACGACGAGAACAUCGUGCUCCUGGAUCGAGAAGACGGUGCAGCAGCCAAGUACGCGAAGGCGCUGGAGAUCUCCGGAGGGGAGGAAAAGCUGAGGAGCUUUCGGCAACUCAGCAAAGAGCUGCAGAGCAAGCACGGCUUGCACGAGGAGCAGAAGGAUGUCAUUUCCACCGGCGAGCGCGCCGCACGCAGCGUUAAGGUAAAUUUCCAGCCCUUCUUUCCAACGCUGGAUAAGCUCUUUGAGUUUGCGCACAAGCACAAGCACCACUUCUUCGACCUUGUCGACAGGGUCGCGACAGCCACUCAUGGUACCUGUGCAAAGCCUCCCCUGAAAGGCAAAGAACGCUGCGAAUCAAAGGCAAGGUUUAAGUACGUGGACAGUGCCGGCAACAUCGAAUGGCAUCGACUUACUGACAUCGUUCGAGACACGCUCAGCUACGAGAACUUGGAGGAUAUGUACGACGGACUGAAGCUGAUCGAUGAGGACGACAACGUUGAAAUCGUAGAGUUCAACGACCGGUAUCAAACUCCAUUGGAUGGUGGAUACCGCGACCUCCAGCUGACACUUCGAGUGCAAGGUAAGUUGGUCUGCGAGCUGCAACUUACAACAAAGUACAUGCUCUUUAUUAAGGAGUCGAGUGGGCACAGGGUCUUCGAGAUCAAACGACAGCUCAUUGCCGAUGUAGCUGCCAACAGCGAGCUGGAGUGUCGGAAGACACUCCACUGGGCUGGAAAGGAUGCUGAGGCUGUGCUUCAGGAGAAGAAGAAGCCUUUGCUCCACAAAGCAGCUUCGCAGGGCAACUCCGGCAUGGUGGAGCUCUUCCUUCAGCACGGGGCGGAUGUAAACCUCAUGGAGGAGACUACUCACCGCACGGCCCUGCACGAGGCGAUGGGCAAGGGCCACGCCUGUGCUGCGUGGGCCCUGAUCUCGGCGGGUGCGAAGCAAGACGUCAAGGAUGCAGACGGGCAGACGCCCCUCUUGCUCGGACUCUUGCGCCAGCGCGUGUACCCCGAGAGCGAGGCCGUGGCGAGGUGCGUCUCCAUGCUGUCGCAGAGGUUGGGCCUGGAGGAGUUGCGGCUUGCCAAGGAGGAGUUCAGCGAGGUGGUGCAACAACGGCUGAAGAACAGCUCGGAGCUCGUCAGUGCGGCCUACGACGAUAAUGUUCAGAAGGUAGUCGAGCACUUGCGCACCUGGGCGAACCCCAACAGUGCCUCGAACGACGGCAAGCACGCUCUCCACCGAGCGUUGGCUCAGGGCCACACUGCCGUGGCAAGGCAGCUCCUGACCUACAAGGCCGACAUCUGGUUGACGGAGAACGGUAGCACUGCCUUGGACAUCGCUCUGGAAGUGGCAACGGAGAAUCCCGGAUCUCUGGAGCUCUUGGUCGACCUGCACGAGCAGUACAAGGACUUCAAAAACGAUGCUGGCUUGACGUUCCUGAUGUUGGCGGUGAAGCAUGGUAAUGCGGACCACAUCAAGCAGCUCCUCGACAAAGGCAUAGAGAAGGAUGCCAGAUGCGCCGAUGGCAGCACGGCUUUGAUGCUCGCGGCCAGGGAGGGUAAGACGGCAUCUCUCAAAGAGCUCCUGGAUAGGAACGCCGAGAAGGACUGCCAAAACAACGAGGGUUAUACCCCACUGAUGCUCGCCAUGCAGGGUGGCCAUGAGGAGUGCUUCAAUCUGCUCCUGGACAGGAUGGCAAAGAGGGGCCUGAAAAGCAGUGCCGGUAAGACGGUGUUGGAACUGUCCGCCGACAAUGUGAAAUUCCGGGCACUUCUGGGCCGUCCAACAGCUCUCAUGGAGGCGGCAAAGGGCGGCCACAGCGCGCUCGUCAAAGAGCUCUUGGAGAAGGGAGCCGAGGAGGAUGUCAUGGACGGCUUCGGCAACACCGCCCUGAUGCAUGCGGCACGGAAUGGUCAAACAGACUGUUUGGCAGUCCUUUUGGUUGCCGAGGCAGACAAGGACACGAAGAACCAGAAUGGCUUCACUGCCUACAUGCAGGCAGCAGCGAACGGCCAUACCGAGUGCGCGAAGCGCUUGACGAGGGAGGGAGCCAACCAGGAAGAAGAGAAUGAGGAGGGUGACAAGGCGCUGCUCAGAGCAGCAGCAGGCGGCGAGCUCGAGUUGCUCCAAGAGCUGCUGGCCGCGGGCGCCAAGAAGGAUGCCCGCGACAGAUUCGGAAACACCGCCCUGAUGCUCGCUGCGCGACAUGGCCAGGCUGACUCGCUAGCCACACUGUUGGAUGCUGGCGCUGAGAAGGAGGCAAAGAAUGAGCACGGCUACGCGGCUGUCAUGCAGGCCGCCGGCAAUGGUCACAACAAGUGCGUGAAGCUCUUGCACAGCAAGGUUACGAUCAAUCGGGAGGGUGAUGGGCAUCUGCUCCAAGCUGCUGAGGAUGGCGAUGCAGAACUCCUCAUUGAGCUCCUGGCCGCAGGUGCGAACAAGGAGGCCAAGGACAAAGACGGCCGGACCCCCCUGAUGGUCGCUGCCGAGAAGUGCCAGACGGAGAUCGUCAACGAGCUGCUGGCACAGGGCGCAGAGAAGGAGGCCAAGGACAAAGACGGCCGGACCCCCCUCAUGGUCGCCGCCGAGCAGGGCCACAAAGAGAUCGUCAAUGAGCUGCUGGCACAGGGUGCGGAGAAGGAGGCCAAAGACAAGAACGGCUUGACCCCCCUUUGGCUCGCCGCCGACAAGGGUCACACAGAGAUCGUCAAAGAGCUUCUGGCACAGGGUGCGGAGAAGGAGGCCGAGGACAAGAACGGCUUGACCCCCAUGUUGCGCGCCGCCGACAACGGCCACACAGAGAUCGUCAAAGAGCUGCUGGCGAAAGGUGCAGAGAAGGAGGCCAAGGACAACGACGGCCGGACCCCCGUCAUUGCUGCUGUUGAGAAGGGCCACACAAAGAUUGUCGGCGAGCUGCUGGCGACGGGCGCGGAGAAGGAGGCCAAGGACAAGAACGGCUUGACCCCCCUUUGGCUCGCCGCCGACAAGGGUCACACAGAGAUCGUCAAAGAGCUUCUGGCACAGGGUGCGGAGAAGGAGGCCGAGGACAAGAACGGCGACACCCCACUCAACAAAGCCGCCGGCAGUGGCCACACAGACACCGUCAGAGAGCUGCUGGCGAAGGGCGCGGAGAAGGAGGCCAAGGACAAGAACGGCGAGACCCCACUCCACAAAGCCGCCGCCGGUGGCCGCGCAGAGAUCGUCAGAGAGCUGCUGGCGCAGGGCGCGGAGAAGGAGGCCAAGAACAAGAACGGCUAUACCCCGCUCCACAAAGCCGCCGCCUUUGGCCACACAGACACCGUCAGAGAGCUGCUGGCGAAGGGCGCGGAGAAGGAGGCCAAAAGCAACGAGGGCGAGACCCCCCUCCACGCAACCAGCCGCGCAGAGAUCGUCAGAGAGCUGCUGGCGCAUGGCGCGGACAAGGAUGCCCAGGACAACGAUGGCGAGACAGCCCUCAUCAAAGCGGCAAGGUUUUGCAGCGUUGCCGUCUGGAAAGAGCUCCUGGCGCAGGGCGCCAACAAGGACCUGGAGGACAAAUAUGGCCCCGGUCUCGCUCUACGAGUCGACACAUUAAGCAGCACAGCCCGAAGUUCAGAGGAGCUGCCCAGCAAAAGCCGAGGCCAUUCCGCUGGAUAUAUCGCGUGGGAUAAUGGCAACCUCCAAGAACUAUGUGCAUGA